GAUGAAGAGAAGUAUGCGUCGACAGCAUCCCAUGGUGGUGGCGUUAGCGCUAUGAAGAGUAGCAAGUUGAAGCCGACUUUCAACAGAACAGGGAAGCGUUAUGAAGGGGAAAGGAAGCGCCGAGCAAGAGGCACGCUGAGCUCGGAGGUCUGCGAGAAACUUCCGCUGGAGUACCUACUUUACCUUUUGAGGAGGGCGGCGGGGUCGCGCGAGAAGACGGAAAUGUUUAUCUGUUCGUUGAGUGCGAAAACUGUGACUUAUAAAGGUCAAUUGACGUGCUCGCAACUGUUUGAGUACUAUAAGGACCUGAACGAUCCUGGCCUGACAACCCAUCUUGCUAUGGUCCACUCAAGGUUCAG